AUCUCUUAAUUAGCUCCACUUCUUUAGGGGCUUAUCAAACUCCUAUUUGUUCUGGAUAAUACUUUGUGACUUAGUCUUUUUUUCAAGCUAAGUGUUUUUAGCUCUCAAACUCCCUUGACCAAUGAGUUUCCUCAAUUUUAGCUCUUUACCUUAUCUCCCACUAUUCUUCAAAUAGAUAAAAGGGGAUACAAUACUUACUUAUUCAAAAUCUAUCUAUCUAUAUAUAUACACACACUCCUCAUCUUUGAUGGAUUCUUAUUUGAAAGAAUUACAAGGCAAAACAUCUCAUGAUCCUUAUUUCAAUCACCACAACAAAAUGAUAAUGAACAAGUGUGUAUUUGUUAAUGGACCAGUAAUUGUUGGAGCAGGACCAUCAGGGUUAGCCGCAGCAGCAUGUUUAACAUCAAAAGGUGUUCAAAGUUUAGUAUUAGAGAGAUCUAAUUGUAUAGCUUCUUUAUGGCAACUCAAGACCUAUGAUCGUCUUAGUCUUCAUUUGCCUAAACAAUUCUGUGAACUACCACUUAUGCCAUUCCCUCAUGAUUUCCCUACUUAUCCUACAAAACAACAGUUUAUUAAAUAUUUGGAGUCGUAUGCCAUCACGUUUAAUAUCCGUCCUCUAUUCAAUCAAACCGUAGUAUCCGCUUGUUAUGACCGGAAUCUUGGACUAUGGAGAAUCAGGACGGAUACUACUACUAGUAGUACUGAGUUUGUUACGCGUUGGUUGAUUGUGGCAACUGGAGAGAAUGCGGAGGCAGUGGUGCCUGAUAUUGAAGGAAUGGAGGAAUUUGAUGGGAGCAUAAUGCAUACGAGUUUGUAUAAAAGUGGUGAAAUUUUUAAAAGGAAAAAAGUGUUGGUUGUUGGAUGUGGAAAUUCAGGAAUGGAGGUGUGUUUGGAUCUGUGUAAUCAUCAUGCAACUCCUUCACUUGUGGUUAGAGAUACUGUACAUGUCUUACCAAGAGAAAUGCUUGGAAAAUCAACUUUUGGGCUAUCCAUGUGGUUACUAAAGUGGUUACCUAUGCGACUUGUCGAUCGAUUUUUAUUAAUUACUUCAAGAUUAUUACUCGGUGACACGUCCCGACUCGGAUUAGAUCGACCUGAGAUCGGACCUCUCGAGCUAAAAAACUUGUCCGGGAAGACCCCUGUACUUGACGUUGGAACGCUUGCUAAAAUUAAAAGUGGUGACAUUAAGGUAUGUCCUGGAAUUAAGAGAUUAUUAAAGCAUCACACGGUGGAAUUUGUAAAUGGACAAACAGAAGAGUAUGAUGCAAUAAUCUUGGCAACUGGUUACAAAAGCAAUGUGCCCUCGUGGCUAAAGGAAAAAGAGAUGUUUUCAGAGAAAGAUGGUCUACCAAAAAGGCCAUUUCCCAAUGGGUGGAAAGGAGAGUGUGGACUUUAUGCAGUGGGGUUCACCAAACGUGGCUUGCUUGGUGCUUCAAUAGAUGCAAAGAAAAUUGCUGAACACAUUCAUCAAUAUUUUCAAUGAAAAAAUAUUUUUGAUUUAACAAAAUCUCCCCACACACACACCAAGG